UCAAAUCAGUUCUAUUAUACUGCUAUUAUACACGAAUCUAUUGCAGUGUGUUCCACUGUCAAAUUUCAGGAUGGCGGACAAUAAAAACGAUAAAACGAAAGUUGAUUUAGGAUUGUUGGAGGAAGAUGAUGAGUUUGAAGAAUUUCCUGCGGAAGAUUGGACCGCAGUAGACGAAGAUAAUGAAGAUAUUAGUGUUUGGGAAGAUAAUUGGGAUGACGACGACGUAGAAGACGAUUUCAAUCAACAAUUGAGAGCGCAAUUAGAAAAACAGAAGGCUCAAACUGAACAAGGGAAGGAGAAUUAGUUAAGAAUUAAAAAUUGGUAAUCAUAAGAAUAAAUAUGUAUUAGACUGUUAAGAUCUUGAGUAU